AUGUUGAAAUCUCAUUUUAAUUUGCAAAAAGGAAAUUUAGAGGAAGCGGAGGAAGAUCCUUCGCCAACUAUUGACCCUGAGGAGCACGAACAGAUUGGAGAAGCCAGCCCAGACGAAGACGCAGAACCUGUGAUUAAGUACCCCGAUCGAAAACUCAACAGUUCUGAGAUAAGCAUAAGGUUGAGUGUUUUAGGAAAAACUGCUGCAGGGGAUGGAUACACCUAUCUGAAAGCGACGUGUACCGGCAUGAAUCUAACCGACAUAUCUGCGUUCAAAACGUUCAAACACCUACAAUACAUUGACGUUUCCAAUAAUAACUUGAGCUUGGAUAGCUUACAAGUCCUGAGCGAGUUGCCAUUCCUCCUAUUAAUUCAUGCGGACAAGAAUCAUAUAAAUUCAGCUGCUUUGAAGAGAAUGAAGUACUUGCAAGUGAUAAUAUUAAAUUACAAUAAAAUCACUUCUGUGUACGAUCUCUAUCAACCAGAGAUGAGUACAAUCGAAGCCGGAUACAAUAAAAUAAAAACAAUCUAUUUCGAAAAGAGAAUGCCUUCCAUAAAGUGUUUGGACUUUCGCUAUAACUUCAUUCAAGACAUAUCUGAUUUAGAUUUUCCAAACUUGGAUAGUCUGUACCUAGCCGGGAACAAAAUAACAAGCUUGGUCGGUUUGGAGAGAUUGAAAAAUUUGAGAAUUCUCCAUGUGAGGAACAAUCCAAUUAAACUGCUGAACGGCUUUGAUUUGGAACACAAGAAACUUCAGUACAUCAAUCUAAGGAAUUGUAAGGUGGCGACACUGCGACAAGUUAAAAAAUUACGGGUUUUGACGACACUUGAAAUACUUAUACUGAAAGGAUGUCCGUAUAUGGGAGGCACUGGUCAAGAGGAUGCUGAAAUACCUGAAGAAGAAGACAACGCAGAACUAAGAGUGGAAGUGUUGGCUGCUCUGCCCAGGCUUAAAAGGCUCAAUAAAGGUGUUAUUACACCUGAAGAAAGAACGGAAGCAAAUGAUUUAAUGAAGCAAUGGAUAGAGGAAGGUGAAAAUGAUGAAGAGGAAGUAGAAGAUGAACAACAUGAACAAGAAUCUAUGGACGAACAAUAA